UGGUAUAAGUACGGCAGACGACCGUUAUCGAUUUAAUAACGCGGUCGGCUGUUGAAUAUAAAUACCGGAGAAUCGUUAUUGUUUUUAAUCUCCCUUAUUUUUUUUUUUUUAGACACGAUUGUCAUCAAUUUCCUUUUUUAUAUUUUAUUAUACUCAAUUUUGGGUAUUAUUAAUAUACUCGUACUCGUGAACAUUGACUUAACAAUUUUGUUCUUGUUUCGGAUGUCAAUAUGUUAAAUAUAAAAACUGCCAUUUCCUUCCUUAGGAACAAACCUCAAGCCCAGCAGUUAUUCGUUAAUCUAUUGUUGGCACCGACAAUUAUUACGUUGACGACAAACACUCCAACGACGUCUGCCAUGAACUUAUUCGAAAACUACAGCUUGUCUACAGUUGAAAUAAUUCAAAACAAUGGUUAUGACGUCGAAGUCCAUAAUGUUAUCACGGCCGAUGGCUAUAUCCUUGAGUUGCAUCGUAUCCCCAGGAGCAGGAACGGACAGGAGCCUACCAGAAACCAUCCGAUAUUAAUCCAUCACGGGAUUCUCGGUACAUCAGCCGAUUGGGUACUUGCUGGAGCCGAUAUGUCGUUGCCCAUGCAACUCGCCGACGACGGGUACGACGUGUGGAUGGCCAACUGUCGCGGAAAUACGUACAGUAGAAAACAUAUUUCGAUGACUUACAAACAAAAAUCAUUUUGGAAUUUUAGUUUACACGAAGUCGGGAAAUACGAUAUACCAGCUACGAUCGAUUAUAUUCUUUUGAAAUCGAAUACGCAACAACUCCACUAUAUAGGUUAUUCCAUGGGUAGUUGUGUGUUUUUCAUUAUGGCUUCAGAGAGACCAGAAUAUCAGCCCAAAAUCCGAUCUCAAAUUAGUCUUGCGCCUGUAGCCUUUUUAUCAAACACCAGAUCGUCUUUAAGAUUUAUUGCUCCAUAUGCGAAAGUAAUGAACAUCAUGUUUCAAAGGAUGUGGAAAGGGAUGUUAAUGCCGCAAUCGGGUAUGCAAAGGUUUUUGGCGUCAACUAUAUGUAGAGAAAAAAUUACACAGAAAAUGAUUUGCGAAAAAUGCAUCAUAUUUUCUGUGUGCGGCAGCGACCCGUAUCACUUUGACACCAAAUUGAUUCCUCUCAUCAUGGGACAUUUUCCGGCGGGUACAUCUUCCAACCUCGCAGCACACUUCGCACAAUUCAUAUUGAAAGACAGCUUCGGACAGUACGAUUACGGUCGCACUUUGAAUUUGCGUCACUACAAUUCCACCGAACCGCCAACGUACAAUUUGAAAUCGAUCAAAGUGCCCAUCACACUGAUAUACGGCGAAAACGACAUACUAGCUGAUACGACGGACGUGUUGAAACUGAAAGCUCAACUGCCCAUGGUCCUGGACGCGUUUCCCGCCAACAGCCCGUACUUCAACCACGUGGACUUCUUGUGGAGCUCCAACGUCACCGAACAGAUCAACAAUCCGAUCAAGGAAAUACUGCUGAAGACCGACGACUUGGCAUGGACGUACACGGGGCCCGCGACCAGCGCCGUCACCGUGGACGCCGUCGUGCCAGUCGAUCGACCUCCGAUAAAACAGACAGAGCUGAAACCUCUGUCGGGCGCCAUGAACCUAGCGCCCAGCCUGGAGUUCUUCGCCGAGAACCUCGACGCGAUCAUCGCGAGCACCAUGCCUCAGCCGGUGGACGAGCGCGACGCCGCCGUGUUCGAACGGGAACGGGAACAGCAGAAGCUGCUGUUCGGCGGCGUCAUUAAGUUCGCGCAGGCGGCCGAAAAGAAGUACGGACAGCUCCGGGAGGAGAUCACCAACGAGAUCACCGGGUGGGCGGAUGACGUGGCCACCGGCGCCGAGGCGCGCGUCAAGCAGACGGCCGUCUUGGUGAACGACAAGAUCGCAUUGGCCGGCAACUCGGUGGCCGGGGCCGUGGGCAAGGCGGAGAACUUCGUCGUGGGCGGCAUGGGCAAGGCGGAGAACUUCGUCGUCGGCGGCGUGGGCAAGGCCGAACAGUCUGUGGUCGCGGGCAUCGGCAAGGCCCAGAACUACGUCAACUACGGCCUGUUCAAGGCCGACCGGACCGUCGGGAACGCGAUGAACGCCACCGUGGGCCGCGUGAGCAGGGUUUUCUGGUUCUGGAAGUGACGCGUCCGCGGCCGUUCAGAAAUAUUCGCGUUAAAUAAAAUUGUAGUCAUCGCGACCGCCGUGCUGCACUCGUCGUCUGCGCGCGCAUCACUCGGCCCCCUCGUCGAAAUGCGAUGUACGGCUGCAGUCGGCGUAGUUAUAUAGUUAUCUAUAUUAUAAUAUUAUCAUAAUAAUUAUUAUCGUGGUUACAAUAUUAUUAGUUACGCGUACUACCGCACUUACCCGAGCCGUAGGUGUACGAUUUAGCGGUUUAUCGUUUAAGCAGUGUUAUUAUUUUUUUUUUUUUACAUAUAUAUUAUCAAGUUAUGUCAACAAUUUUUUUUAUAUUUGAAUUUUUUUCACGUACGCGUCAAACGCUCCUCACAAUACAUUUUAUGAUGUUUGCGCAAAGACGCGAUCGAGACGUCACUGUUAUGUAGUGUGAGUCGCGUGUAAUCGUUUAUGUUAUGAAAUAUUAUUAUAUAUAUUAUGUUGUUGUCGCGAAGUUGAAUUUCAACGUAUUUAUCAUUAAUAAAUGUAAUUUUAUUGUGAA